AUGUUAUGUGCAAAUAAAUACUUUGACUUUGACAUUGACAUACCACAUGUAGACACUCACCCUGCUGCCAUGUUUGAGAAGGGAGUGUACCAGCAGCCACUACAGCUGGAGGUGGCAGGAUGGAGAAGACAGUACCAUCUGACACUAGAGGCUGUGUGUGACAUACCACAUGUAGACACUCACCCUGCUGCCAUGUUUGAGAAGGUAGUGUUUGACCCUGAGGUACAGGGAGUGUACCAGCAGCCACUACAGCUGGAGGUGGCAGGAUGGAGGAGACAGUACCAUCUGACACUAGAGGCUGUGUGUGACAUACCACAUGUAGACACUCACCCUGCUGCCAUGUUUGAGAAGGGAGUGUACCAGCAGCCACUACAGCUGGAGGUGGCAGGAUGGAGGAGACAGUACCAUCUGACACUAGAGGCUGUGUGUGACAUACCACAUGUAGACACUCACCCUGCUGCCAUGUUUGAGAAGGGAGUGUACCAGCAGCCACUACAGCUGGAGGUGGCAGGAUGGAGGAGACAGUACCAUCUGACACUAGAGGCUGUGUGUGACAUACCACAUGUAGACACUCACCCUGCUGCCAUGUUUGAGAAGGGAGUGUACCAGCAGCCACUACAGCUGGAGGUGGCAGGAUGGAGGAGACAGUACCAUCUGACACUAGAGGCUGUGUGUGACAUACCACAUGUAGACACUCACCCUGCUGCCAUGUUUGAGACGGGAGUGUACCAGCAGCCACUACACCUGGAGGUGGCAGGAUGGAGGAGACAGUACCAUCUGACACUAGAGGCUGUGUGUGACAUACCACAUGUAGACACUCACCCUGCUGCCAUGUUUGAGAAGGGAGUGUACCAGCAGCCACUACACCUGGAGGUGGCAGGAUGGAGGAGACAGUACCAUCUGACACUAGAGGCUGUGUGUGACAUACCACAUGUAGACACUCACCCUGCUGCCAUGUUUGAGAAGCCACUACAGCUGGAGGUGGCAGGAUGGAGGAGACAGUACCAUCUGACACUAGAGGCUGUGUGUGACAUACCACAUGUAGACACUCACCCUGCUGCCAUGUUUGAGAAGGUUAUAGAUUCACUGAGUCCAACAUCUAUAAGUCAGUGUGUUUUCUUAAACAAUGAGAAGAUAUUUUACUUUGGUCCGGUCUUUGCUACACCUGCAAAUAAAGACAGGACAAAUGAUCUAACUACAAACUUUUACUUCACAAAUAUUUCUGCUGUUAAUGUUGAAAUGGAUUUUGCAUUUGUGAAUGUGGAAAACCGCCGGGAAGGCUUUGCAUUUGGUUUCAAGCCCAACCAACUUCACAUUCUUCCAGGAGAAACAAAAGCCUUGGAAGUGUUUGCUUGUCCAACAGUGGUUGGAAAACACAAGGCAUCUCUGGUAUACUCCAUAGCAAAUAACUCCAAUCCUGGUGUUAUUGAGAUGUCUUGCAUUGGAAUAAAACCAGAGUUUGAAUAUGAGCCAAAAGAGAUCAGGUUUGAGCGAGUGUUGCUCUACCGCAAGGAGUUUAGCGAGCUCACUCUGUCUAAUUUGUGCUACAAGCCACUGGGUUGGCGACUUGUCGAUCUCUCACUGCUAAGCAAACAAAUAUCUAUCAGUCAGCAGUCUGGAGUGAUCUCAGCCAUGCAGAGUUCCAGUGUAUACAUCAACUUCUUGGCGUCUUACGUUGAGGUGUCCAAGAAUGUAAUACAUAUUGAGGUUUACGAUGACCAGUUCAGAGGGAGUCCCUUUGUGUCAGAGCCCAUCCCUGUGAUCCUGGAGGCAAUAGAUGUCCUGGUAGAUGUGAUGUUUCCAGCAGGAUGUGAGGAUUCUGAACUUAAAUUCCAGUCCGUCAAGGUCGGAGUGCCAGAGUCUCAAAUUGUGGCAUUGAAGAAUCUCGGCAAAUAUGAUGUGACAUUCUCGAUAAAAUUUAAUGAAGAAUGCAAAACUCACUUUGACCUAGAUCAAGUGUUCACUUUCACACCGAAAAGUGGAACGUUGCCCAAAAUGGGAAAAUCUGUACCUGUUCAGAUAACAUGCAUGUGUACCAAGCCAGUACAUCUCAAGAAGGCUCCGGUAGUGAAGGUGUGGCUUGUAGACACAGGACCAGGGGCUCAGCCAGUUGCUGCCAUUCCCAUCAACGUCACUAUCAAUGCCUUCUCCUCACAGUACAAGGUGUUCCCACAGUCUGAACUCAACUUCAGCUCCAUGUUGGUAGGCACCAGGAAGGUGGAACACAUUGUUAUUGAAAAUGUUGGCAAGUUUGAAUUUAUGUUUCAAAUACAAACUGUGGAGCAAGAGAAACUUGAAAAAUUAGAGCCCAAGCAGUCAGUAAAAGCUGCUCUAUCAACAAAGUCAAAAAGCAAAGGGAGUGGCCAAAGUUCUGUGAAAACUGGGAUAGAAAAAGUGGUGGCUAAGAGUAAAGGACGGAGGGAAGACACCUGGGGCACUAUGACUGUUGGAGCAUUCACACUGUCACACUCCAGGGGACUGGUGAUGCCGGGCAAAUCAUUCAAGAUUGAUGUGGAAUGCUACGUCUCCUCCCAGGAUACUUUUUGUGAGGAGCUGGUCAUCAAAGUCAUGGAAUAUGCAUGGAUGAAGAGAGAGGGCACUCAUAUUAAACUGAAAGCUGUUUCUUAUUUACCUUUCAUAAAUUUUGAAAAUGUUCAAAACAUCUUCCAAGAGGCUAGUCCGUUUGGCACCCAAGGACAUUUACUAGUUGAAGGAGACCCUAACAUCUCGUAUGAUGCGGAUCACAAUGUGCUUCACUUCACCAAUGGCUGUGUUGGAUCCCAGGCUGUUAUGAACCUACACCUGCACCUGUACAACAGUGGUCUAGUGCCUUGUGAGGCCACAGCUGUUAUCAUCAGUGACAACGAGCCGGCUGUGUUCUACGCCACUCCCGACAAGUUCACCAUCAUGUCACACUCUGAAUUGACUGUCACGCUGGCCUUCCGACCUACGCAGAUAGGGGUGUUUGAAGAAAUAUUAGAAGUCAGAGUAGCUCUACCAAGCCCUCUAGAGCCUCAAGUGUUCAAAACACAGCUCAUUGGCGAAGCUUAUCUUCCUCGGAUCACGGUGCUCUCCCCGCCUCACCCAUACAAGCUUACAUUUCCUCCAACUCUGGUGGGAGACUCUAGCGAAGAAACUAUUAGAUUUGUCAACAACGGCAAUAUCAAUUGUUCGAUUAUAAUUGAAAUGUUAACCAACAAAAACAGUGGACUAUCAUUCUACUCAGAUUCUACAUCAGUGAUUAAAGGUAGUCUGUACCAAGUACAGUUGAAGACUGGUGAGGAGGCAAGUGUUGUAGCCAGAUUUAGUCCUGCCGUGGCUGGUACAGUGAUGGGUGAGGUGAGAUUAAUGGUGACCAACAACCCCUAUGAGGACACGACUGUGGUGACUGAGGCAGUCGGCUACACUCAAGACAUUGUGGUGGAGGGUCUACCACUGGUGAGGAGGUGA